UGAUUGCUUUUAUAAGACAUGUAUAAGUAUACUUUCCCCGAGAUAUUUGUGACUUCUAGUUGGAAACCAGGAUGCUGUUAUUGUGCUCUGUUGUUUAGUUUUGAAUAUUGAUCGCAUUUUGUUUGAAGGGUUUGGGUGCCCUACUUCUUCCUAUCUUAGGUAAACAUCUAAAUAUUGCAUAACCUGUGAAAGUCAACAAACUCUUGGUCAGUUACUAAACCACCAAAACAGGGAUGUUUAAUUUUUUAGAUAGCAAAUUUUGAAGGUAUUUGGUUAGAACAUUUUUAUCCCACAAUUUUUUUUUUAUGUUAAAUGGAGCUGGUCGCAUAUCAUGGAUUUACAUAUAUCAUGUAUCUAAAAUUUACCUCAAGUAAUUCAGUAAUUUGUGUUUUGAUGGUACAGAAAUUAAAAUUAACUCAAAAACAUGUCAGUCCUAUUAGUAAUAUCAGCAAGAAGAGAGAGAGUGAAACCAAGGCAGAUGUGUCAGUGUUUAUCUACAACAAUCUUUAGAACAUGUCCAUUACAAAUUCCCCCAUGUUGCUAAGGUCAUUUAUACCGGGCCAUUGAUAUCAAAUAUUGACUUGGCUUAAAAAUGUAUUUACCAGGAUAAUUUAACAAUAAUGAUUUUAGUAGAGGAAUAGUUGAUUCUCUGUCUCGCACUUUGUGGGAGUUAAUGUUGUUCGAUAUUUGUAGAUACACAAAAACAAGAAUUGUUGAUGAUAAGUAUGGCUGUUGUAGGACUCGUGUUAUCUAAGGCGUAGAUUGCUUAAUAGAGGUUCCUUGGUAGAUUUAAAAAGAGAGCGUCUUGGCAAUACCUGUUAUUUAGCUGGAAAUGAGACCUACAUAUAGAUAUCAGACCAGGAUGCACAUGUUAUCUACACAAGGACUUGUGAGGUUUAUGUCUUUGUACAGGUGAUGGGAUGUGCACUAACAAAGUAUAUUGCUGAGAAAUAGCCUGCCUGUCUGUCUGGGGGAAAUACAUUUUCAAUUAGAUGGCCAAGGUGCUAGUUUUAUGGUUAAUUAAGCCUUGAAUAUCUGCCCCCUCUUGUUUACUUACUCAUGAUGCCUUUAAGGCAUUGUAUUUGGACAGAAGAUGCCUAUUUUAAGUUAAUAGAAUUAUAAUACCUGCCUCACUUUCUUUCUCUUUUUCUAAGUGCUCAGCAAACUUACAACCACAAUGGGAUACCUGUCAGAGGAUAUUCAGGCACAGCUGUUAUUGUCAUCAACAUAAAGAUGACUAGCUAGUUCAGAGGAGUAAACAAACCUAUUUGUGUCUUUUUAUUUGUUUUGUGUGAUGAUUUAUGUCUUCAUGAAACAAUGGUUUUCAUGUCUUGGAUAGACCUGCUGUAGUUUCUGGAAAAGAUUACAAAAAUGAAAGUCUCUUGACAUAAAAUCGUUGAGACACCAAUAAUGACUUUUUUGAUGGAGCUCUCUGCCUGCCAUUGCAUCAACUUGGUGACGUUAGAAUACAUUAUAACUAUUGCCUUUGGGUUAGAAGUUGUCAUCUCAGGAAAAGUGACAUUUCUUGCAACAUGAUAGUUAUGGCUGUGCAAGGACUAUUAUGUUCACUUUAGGUCUUGUCUUCUACACAGAUGAGGUAAUAAUUGCAGGUGUUUUGUUUGGUGGAGUGAUCCCCCUUCCUCUGCACCUGCCCCAGAUUACCAUAUUUAUAACACUUUAAAAAUGCAUUGUCAUGGUUUUAGGAACAGGCAUGUGUCCCUUUUGUGAGUUCCUUCUCACAUACAAAAUCAUUCUGGCAAGUUUAUAUUUGGGAUGAGGAGUGUUCUGGGGCAUCUUUUUCCUUUAGAGGUUGGGUGCCUAAAGAAGCUGACUCAAAUGGGUUUGCUUUUACAUGGAUAAGAAUUACAACUUGGAAUUUCGUAGAACAAGAUUGGCGUCCAAGAUGUUGUAUUUUUUUCUUUGGGACUUUGUUUUUAACUUGAUAUACAAAGUAAUUCACCUCUGUUAAAGAAAAACUUCAAUUAUGUUAGUCAGUGCCUGGAAAUGUGUGGAUAUUAAGCCCACUUCUCUCUAUAAAUCUUUAAUCAUGCGCCUUUGUGAACAACAGCCUAAUAAGUAUGAUUACAAUGUUGAACAGCUGGCAGUUCUGAAUCAGCAGGGGAAGGAUGGAAAGACAGCAGGAUAUCUAGCACCUGAGAUUCUUCUGGGGCUGCCAUUUUGUGAGGCUAUAGACAUGUGGUCACUGGGCUGUGUCAUAGCAGAGCUGUUCCUUGGAUGGCCACUUUACCCUGGCUCUUCAGAAUACGAUCAGAUUCGGUACAUCUCUCAAACACAAGGUCUCCCCCCAGAACACAUGUUGAGUAACGCCACCAAGACCACCAAGUUCUUUAACAGAGAGAGUACAGGAACCGGGUACCCCUUCUGGAGGCUGAAGACCCCUGAUGAACAUGAAACAGAAACCAAAGUGCUCUCCAAGGAGGCAAGGAAGUACAUCUUUAACUGCUUGGAUGACAUGGCACAGAUCAACACGCCAAACUCACUGGAAGGCUCGGAGCUCAUGGCUGAAAAAGUGGAUAGAAGAGAAUUCGUAGACCUGCUGAAACGCAUGCUGACAUUGGACCAAGAGCGUAGAAUAACCCCUGGUGAAGCGCUCAACCACCCCUUUAUCACCCUGGCACAUUUGGUAGACUAUGCCCAUUCAAACAUAGUCAAGGAAGCUGUCCAAACAAUGGAUGUGUGUAGGCGACCGAAAAGCAACAUCUAUGACUCCCUGAAUCAGAACAUGAUCCCAGGGAUCCUGCCGCCAACAACAGGGAACAUUACACUCACCUUCAAUAGUCAACUUAACAGCCAGCAACUGUCGUCUGGACAGCCAGACUUGCCUUACCUGCAGUAUCAGCUGCAGCCAGGUGCUUACAUCCCUUACCAGCCCCCUAGUAUGUCACAGCAUCUCCAGUCACAGCAGAGGACCAGUGCCCAGUUCAGGCCUGACCAGUAUUCACAGACUUUGUGUCUCAACUCCCCCUCCAAGCAUGGCCUGUCUCUGCGUGUUGACAAUGCAAUCCCCAUGGUAACACAACCUGCGCAAACUUUACAGAUACAGCCACAGCUUAUUGCUCAGCGUGAUAGGCACGGUCCUGGCUCAGGUCGUGCUCGUGCCCGUUUAAUGGGGCAGCAGCAAGUAUCAGCACAGCAAUUCGUUCCCGUCUCCAUGAUCGAACAAUCUGGGCGACAUAUGCUAGUCACGAAUGCUCCCAUGACAUCUUGGCCCAAUGCCAGACCAGUCUUGGUACCCUCCUGGCAACAACUCCCCAGCUUCACCUCACAGCGACCACGUCACCUUCUGCCUGAGACCAGCAUCCCCGAGUCUUGGCGCAGACCUCUAGUCAUGGCCGACGUGGAUCCACCGCAACCCACAACCAUGUUCCCUCUGGAUCUUGGAGAUGGGCGAAUCUUUGACCCAUAUGCUGUGGACCGUUCCCACCAUGCUGGGAAUUCCCACUUUACUUCCCUGCUUUCCCAGGGUGCCUCUACCUCAUCACAGUGGAACAUGAAUGUUAUGCCAGGACCACUGCUUCUUGCAAGACAGAACAGCAGCAGCAGCACUAGCAGCAGUAAGAGGCAAAAUAAACAACACAGAAGCAAUAAGGAGAUAACAAGUCACCUAUCGCCUGUGAAGAAACGUGUAAAAGAGAACACCCCACCGCAUACGCAGAGUAAAGCAGCUUCCCCGGAUCGUUCCAGUUGGCCGCGUUCAAAGACAUCAGUAACCUCAACAAAAGUAGCAUACAAAGAACAACGGCAGACAAUAGUGAUAUCAGACACACCUAGUCCUGCCAUUAGUGUGAUCACUAUAAGUUCAGACAGUGAAGAAGAAUGUGAGAAACCAUGUUCUUCAAGCUGCCAAGAUAAGAACUGUAAGGCAUGUCAUGAUAACAAGAUGAAGCAGUCAUGCUCUCUCAGUGAAAGUAGCAUUGUUAGCACUAGUCCAGAGUCUGAAGAUGAGACUUUGGGAAUUCCAAAAACUAAAGUAGGUACCCCUAGAAGUAGAAGUAACAUGGCUAGUUGUUUGACGGUUGCAGACAGUCAGGAGGACUCCGAUUCUGAAGCAGAAGUCCCCUCACGGAAGACCAGAUCCAAGGCUACAUUUACGCCCAUCAAAAGUGAGAAAGGCGGGUAUAGCUCAAGUUGCCUACAGGCCAAAGUGGCAAACACCACGGAAGAAGCUGUGAGCUCAGGAAAGCCGUCUACAAGUAAAAUCCAUAGCAAACACAUUCCAAAAUUAAACAGUAGUAACAAGAAUGUGACAGAACUGAAGACGGAAGCACCAUUGCCCCAGGAGACUGAAGCUCCAGCCACAUCAACAAAAAAGCCGUCUCAGGCUGUGCAGCCAAUGCCACAGCAACAUGGUCAUCAAAGAAAAACAAGACCAAGAAAUUUGAAUUUAUCGGUGCAGCGUCCAGUUCAAAAUCCAGCUCCUCUGUAUGCUGUUCCGUCAACAUCAAAUGGGCGCCAUUUUCUGGGCAGCAGCCAGCGUUCACCACCAAUAGUUGCAACAACACAACUUGGCCAGCCAUUAUAUCUGAAUACUGCCACAGACAUGCACAGGGACUUUUAUCGAAGUGGUGGUCACCAUGGCAGCCCACUUCACAAGUACCUCAUUCCGGCUCACCAGCAAGCUCAGGUGACAUAUGGGCCCUUUUCACCUGGUGGGGCACCCCCACCAGCACAUCAGAGCCCUCGUCACGUGCAAUACACGGCACAUCCUCCACUGCCAGCUCACAUGCACACUAUGAUCCCUACACAAAGCAUUCAUACAGGGACAUUCCCCACACAGAUACAUCCUCAGCUGGCAACUGCUCAAUAUCUGAAUUCGCCAACAGGUGGCGUCUACACUGCCUUUCCUCUCAGCCCAACCAAGACAAGACAGUACCAGUACCUUUAUCAGCCAUUUUCUGGGGAAUGAGACAGAGGCAUGUAAAGAAAGUGAGAUUGUGAAUGUGCUUUCAGCUCUAUAAAAGUUUGGAACAUCCAAAUGAUUUGAGUCUGAGUCAAAUUGUAAAAUGUGUAAUUUUGAGGGAAGUUUUAAGUUGGGUCAUGUUAGGCCAGUGAUUUUUAGUAUUGGCCCAAUGACUGAAGAAGGACAUCAUGUAUUAAUAAAGCAAGAUUGUUUAGCCACAUUCUGGCUAAUAGUGAAACAUUAAUUGUUAUUUGUGCCACUUGAAUUGGCUUGACUUUUAUCCACCCUUUACUUUUAUUCUCACAUUUGUGAACAUAAGUGCACCCGGUGUUUUAAGUUGAAUUGUUUUUGGCCACCUUUAAGGCAUGAAGAAUGGUGACUUAUCACAAUGCUUGAGAUAUGUGUAUUUUGAGUGUCUAUUACACUGUUAUGACAUUUUAAGAAUAAUAUUGACAUUUUAAAUAUAAUAUUAAUAACAUUAUUCUGCUUUUCAUUUCACUUUAAAUAAGAAUGAUUAAGCUUACAUUUAUUAUCAGAUUUUGUGAUAGAAAUACAUUUGGAAGGGUGCAUAUAUAUUACUAUAAAUCAAAAUAAUAUCAAGCAAAUAUUUAUUGACAGCUCAAUAAGAAAUGAUUAAUGCAAAGAACAUUCUGGGGGUCUUGGUGACACUAAAUCUAAAAUUAAGAAGUGCCAUUAGAAGAAAUAGCAUUAAACCAUUUUGAAUCAAAACAUAGAGAGGAAAUUUGAAAGAUUUCGUAACUGUAACUUGGGAUUUCCUGACAUUUAAGAUGUGGCAGGUGCUUGAUGUGACUUGUUACAGUUUAUUUCUGACAUUGUACAGUGGUAUGCAUUGAAUGUAGUUUGUGAUGCCAGUUGAAAAGCAUUCCUCUUUUUAGAAUGUCACCAAGGGUCGGAGUAUAUAUAAAUGGCAUUUGUAGCAACAAAAUGGGAUGGGAUUUAUAUAUUUUUUGCCAAAGUUCUUUUUCUUGGUGUUUGUGGUAUAGAACCUUGUACGACAAGAAAUCCUGAAAAGGUAAUAGUAUGAUAUGGUGAUCAUUAUUAUUGAUAAGUUGUAAUAAUAUUCAUGUAAGAUAUUAUGGCAGUAUUUACAAGUCUUUCUCAGCUAUAUGUAUUAACAUUGCGCCAUUUAAGCAAAUAAUAGGGUUACUUUAUAUAUCUAUGACAAUCUGCUUGUAUGGAAAGUGUAUAUAUGAUUAACAAAUUAUAUAUUAUAUAUAAUACAUGAAUUCUCUAGUGUCAAAUUAUUCCUAUUGAGAUUGGAUUGUAGUGCUUAGUGGUGCCCCCUGCUGGGAUGUUUUAUUAACAUGUCAUUCUGGUCUUAUUUAAAGCUCAGGGAACUUGGGGACUUUUAAAAAGGCAACCUCAGUGAAUAUAUUUUUAUUUUUUCGUUAAGCGCAUUUUAAUGGAUCUUGAAGCAAUUUUUAAGAAACUGUCAUCACUGAGGUGACCAAUAUGAAAUAUUUAAAAAGAAAAAGGUGUCACCAUUUUUUGAGAUAGUUGGUUGAAAGAGUAUUUUUCUUGGGGAAACUGGCAGGGGGCACAUUAAAUUCUCCUUGCAUUGUUUGAUAAAGGGGUAAUUUAGAGGGCUCCAGUUCUUGCCGACCUAUGUGCAUCGAAAUCGUGCAAAAUUCUUGUGGUGAAACGGAAAUAUUGAUCUAAAAGAGAGCCUAGGCAUUCUGGAGCUCGGCUUAGCAGAAUAGGUGUGUGAGAUAUUAUAUUUGUAUUAUGCUUGCGUGAAUAUUUUAGAAGAAAUCAUAUUGGGCCAAAUAUUUUUAUGAAUGUUUGAUCUCAUUAAUGCAUGUUUACAUUACUCUAGUUUGGUACAGUAUCAUUCAGGACUGGUAGCAAUUUAGUGUCACAAUUUGUGUGUUUGUGUUUUCUUGUGUUGACUAGGGAGUAUUUAUUUGUAAGCAAGUAGUUUGCAGUGAGUAGUGGCAAUGACCUUAGUUACAGUGCAGUUUUCAUAAUGGGCAGUUAAUUUUAAAGUUGCACACCUGCAAACUAAAAAAAUAUAUUUAUGAUUACAUAUUAUAUACAACUUCGUGCCCACUUUUAAUGUAACCUUAUGUGAUCUGAUUUACCCCAACUAGUCCUUAUCAGUUUGGCUAAUAUUAAACAUUUUAACACCAUAUACCCUACUUCAACAAUUGGUCAAUUUAAAGGGUGAUACUGCUGCUUUAUAAAACUGCUUGUAACUGGGGAUGGGUUAUUUGGUACUGUGUGUUAUGUUGUUUUAAAUUAUUUAGUAUGGAUAUUUGGUUCAGUAUUCUAGUAUUAAACUUGAUGUUGACUUACUCUGCUUGCAGUCUGAUAUUAUAUCUCUUGUUAUAGUGGUGUACUAAUUCCUAAUGUAUUUUAUGGACAAGUAUUGUAUGUAAUACAAUGGCCUUUUGAUUCUGUGAGUGUAGUGAAAUUGUACAGCAAGUAAAAUAUUGCGCCUAACACAUAAUUAUAUGGGUGUAGCCUCCUACUAUUUUGUAAUGUAUAGUAGGAUUUGUAUUAUUACUAUCAUCAUUUAUAUCAUGUAUUCUUAAUCAUUUUAACCUAGUGGAAUGAGGACUUAUUCUAUAUAUUUUACUACUUGUGCAUUCAUCUUGUUAGCUGUGCAUUUAUUAAUCUUGUCAAUUGACAAUAAAUCUGGUGUUCAUUUACUAUUGUGGAGCAAAUAUCUUCAGAUAAUGUUAACUGUUUACAGGGAUGAUUUAUUACUUAGUGUUUAGCAUGAAAAUUGUCAUAAUUGGGAGAGAAUGUUUAGUGUGUGCGCUUUAUGUGCUCAUAUAGCUUACUGUAUCAGUAUUUUCACUAUAGUUAUGUAAGUUGGCAAUACAGCCAAAGAUAUCACUUAUACAGUAGGGAGGGUCACUUUGUGUUUUAUGGUAGUGGCUUGUUCAAUACCUGUGUGCAAUAUUUUGACUGGAGUGUAAUCACUUUAGACUAGAGGAAAGGUACAGGGAUUUAAUUAUCGUGAUAGUCAGAUUUAGUUAAACAGUGAUUCUCAUAAAAUUUACAGAAAAUGGAAGGAAAAAAAUUUUAUUACUCAUUGUUAUUAUCAAUGGCAUAACAUUUUUGGGAACAAGUUUGAAUAAAUAUCUAACUGCA